AUGUUUUUUAAUACAAGCGAUAUCCAGUACAAUCCAGUUAUUAGCCGAGAAAUUUGGCCGUCAGAUAAUUACGAGAUGGAAAUGAAAGGCUUUACUGGUGGUAAUAAUCAGAACGUGAGCAACAAGGAUAUUGGUGUCUUUGUGGUGUAUUUCCAGGAGUUAAGCUAUACGAGCAUUGUCGAAUCGCCGGCUUAUGAGAUUCAGGAAUUUAUUUCUGACAUCGGUGGCAUAUUAGGUCUUUACGUUGGAUUCUCCAUAUUGACGAUUGUGGAAUAUUUUGAACUGGCGUUGGAUGUUUUGAAGAUUGGUGGCCAUAUGGCUCAAGCUUCAAGUAAGAAUGUCAUCACGAAUUGGAAGAAGGCGAAGAAAAGAAAGCUUAAUCCCAGCGUCUCCUCCUCCAGAACUGCAGGAAAUAAAAACAAAAAUGAAAUGACAUCAUUGACUUUGAUAUGGAAUGAAUUCUACAAAACAACUUCAUCCCACGGAAUUCCUCAUAUUGGAAAAGCUAAAAGUAAAAAAUAUUUUGAGAAACCAGUGGAAACGUUAGUGAAGUUCGACUACAACCACAAUUUGAUGAUGCCCUUCCCAGCUGUUACGUUAUGCAACAACAAUCCCAUUAAGAAAAGUGUAGCUAUCAAGUACCUGGAUUAUAAAAACUUGAUGAAGAACUUCAGUGAAACUAUGGAAAGCGUAAAAUGCCAAAGAAAUAAAUUUUCUGUCCCUCAUAGAGGAAAGGAUUCAAAAACAGGAAACUGCACAACUACGUGUGACCAAAAACCUCGAUGUGGAUUAUUUUUCCUCAAUCUUUUCCUGGAAAAGCAUUAUGAAAAAAUGGAUUUUCUUCCAAAGAGUGGAGGACAUGAAAUAGAGAAUAUUGUACAGGACUGUUCAUUUAACGGAGUCAGCUGUCGACAUAGAAAAGAUUUUGAUCAUUUUGUGGACAUUCGACACGGCAACUGUUACAUCUUCAACUCAGCGAUGAACGGAAAAAAAUUCAAAAAUGCUCAAAGAUCUGGACCUCUCUACGGUCUAUCGAUAACAUUUAAUGUGGAUCAGAAUGAAUACAUUGGAAAGAUAUCUCAGUCAGCCGGAUUGAGGGUAGUGGUUCAUGAUCCCAAACGAAUGCCCUAUCCUGAAGAUGAAGGCAUCCUGGUCUCUCCAAACACUCUCACUCAUAUUGGCGUUAACGCGAUUUUCAGAGAGAAACUGGGCGAUCCGUAUGGUGACUGCUAUGAAGAUGGCGUCGAACUUGACAGAAGAUCUCAUUAUCAAACCCUCUAUGGACUGAAUUACGACGAAAAGGGAUGUUUCCGUACGUGCAUGAGCAAAAUUAUUUACGACAAAUGCCAAUGUAAUGACAUGAAGUUUUCGAAAGAUUUGUUUCCCAAUGGAACCAAGCUCUGUUCGGUUACCGACGAUAGUACAAAUCACUGCAUUGAAGAAAUUUUGAGAAGUUUUGAAAAUGAGACCUUUAAGUGUGAUCCUGCAUGUACAUCCGCCUGCAAGUUAACGCACUCUACCGUAUUUUUUUUUUAG